GUUCGAUCUUGUUCACGUCCGCUUCCCAGCUUGGUUGUUUCUCGCGACCGUUGGGGCCGCGCGACAGGGACCUUUGGCGUGUCGAGGACGACAAAAGUACUCACUUUUGCUUUUGCCUGCCAUGUCGGACACGACCAAGACCAAGACGACGCCGUCGGACGACGCACACUCGAUGUUUGAAUCGGCGCGCACCAAGGUGAUGGACACGGUGCACAGCGCCGAAGACUCGGUGCAGUCGACCUUCCACGGCGCCAAGACCACGGUCAUGGACAAGGUGCACAGCGCUGAGGACUCGGUGCAGUCGACCUUCCACGACGCCAAGACCAAGGUGGUCGAUUCGGCGUACAGCGCCAAGGACAAGGUGGUCGAUUCGGCCUACGGCGCCAAAGACAAGGUGGUCGACACGGUUUACAGCGCCAAGGACAAGGUGGUCGAUUCGGUCUACGGCGCCAAGGCCUCGACGGAAGACGCGGCGGGAGAUGCGGCGGACAAGGCCCGCGAGCUCAAGAGCCAGGCGGCGGACAAGGCGUAUGACGCGAAGGACAUGGUCUCGGACAAGGCGAGUGAGAUGCAGUCCAAGGCCUAUGACGCCAAGGACAAGGUCUCGGACAAGGCGAGUGAGAUGCAGUCCAAGGCCUAUGACGCUAAGGACAAGCUGGUCGGCAAGGCGGGCGAGGCCAAGGACGAGGCCAAGGAUAAGACCCACGAGCUCCAGGAAAAGGCCUGCAAGGUCAAGGAUGAGGCCAAGGACAAGGCGUCGAGUGCCGCGGGCGAGGCCAAGGACAAGACACGCGAUCUCCAGGACAAGGCGGGCGACGCGGCCGAGAGCGCCAAGGACAAGGCGUCGAGUGCUGCGGGCAAGGCCAAGUCCAAGGCACAGGACGCGGCGAGCGACGACGCGCCGUAG